AUGAAAUACAACUAUUUGGGAGUAGUUAUAGAUAUGAAAUUGGGAUUCAAAGAACAUUGUAAUCAUUUAGUAAGAUUAUUGUUUGCAAAAUUAAUUAUCUUAGUAGAUGCAGUAGAUAUAUCGGUUAGUGGCAUUUCAAUUGUUGAAGCUGAAGUGUAUCGUUCAGCUGAUGAUAUAGAUGUAGUGCCUGUACAAAUUUCUCAAGUUGAUAUUGAGCUCACUAAUUUACUUGGCAAAAAACCUGAUGGAGAAAGCGCGUCAUGCCUUGAUUUACAUGAUGAAAUUGUUUGUAGAUGGAAUAGUUAUUUAAAGAAAGGAGUAAGUAGUGAGGAAAAAACAAGAAACAUAGAUAAAUAUGUCAUCGCAGCUAACUGCCCAGCAUUGAAGUUUUCAGUAUAA